AUGAUUCAGGGACGUGACAAGGCUGGAAAACCUCUUCUUUCUUUUUACCUCAAAGUGCAAUUAUAUGUGGAACAUGUAUCCUUAUUGAAGGAUGAUGUGACACGUUACCAUUACUAUCUACAGCUGAAACAAAAUGUACUCCAGGCUCCAGUUCUUUGUCGUGAGGAGGCGUGUUUUGUACUAGCAUCCUAUGCUCUCCAAGCAGACAUGGGAAACUUUGAUGAAACGGAACACGCUGGAAGAUACUUUGAACCAGCAAACUACUUCCCAGAAUGGGUGAUAAAAAGAAGAGGAGAGAAUUAUAUCAUCAAACAUGUUCCCUCAAUGCAUAGAGAUCAGAAGGGUACAGCACCAGCCCUUGCACAGAAAGCAUUUGUUAGAGAAGCAGCUACUACUCCAGAACAUAAUAUGCACUUCUACAGACUCAAGAAGACCAAGACAGAACAAACUCCAUCAAUAUGGCUUGGUGUGUGCACAAAAGGCAUCCAUUUAUAUGAGGAUUCUACAGAUGGAAAGUACCUUUUAUGUGAAUACCCUUGGGUUGACAUCAAGAGAUUGAUAUUCCAGAAAAAGAAGUUUGAGCUUCUUGUGGAGGGAGUAUCAGAUGGAAGGAAAAUCACAUACUACACAUGCACUGAAGCAAAGUCCAAACAUUUAUUGAGGCUAUGCAAGCUGACCCAUUCAUUCCAGAUGCAAACACAGUCAUUGGUAGAUCGAGCGCGUAUCAGAGAAAGUGCUUCAGAGAAGAAACGAUACCGUGAAUCGUACAUUAGUGGUGACAUCUCCUGGUCAGAUGUAGAUAGCUCUAUGACAACCACAUCUCAUAGUGAGAUGUCUACCACCAAGGUUGACCAAAGGAUGUCUGUAAUCAGUAAUGUGAGCUCUGUAGCAACCUCUGGUAUCGUAUCAGAUGAGAGGUCACCGGUUGAGAAGACAAUGAGUGAAGAUGAUGACAUGUCGUCACCAUAUAAAAUAAUUGAGAUUCCUUUAUCAACAAUGACCCAUAUCCCACAACUCGAAUCCCACCAAACACUACAACCUUCUACUUCAAGAGAGGACAUGCUGCUAUACUCUGAUGGUGUAUCAAAGCGUCAUUCUGCAGCUAUGUCUGAUGCAUCCAGUCACAAGGAACACAAUGCAACUCAUUCAUCUUCCUCUAGUGAACCUGGUAAACCAGUGGUGGUACAUCAAGACGCUACUGGCAUGCUUAGUGAAUCGGAAUGGGCAUCAGAUGAUGAGGCAGAGGACGAUGAUGAAGAUGAGAGGAGAUAUCACAAGAAGCACAGUCGAUCCAGCAACCAUCAUCAACUCAUAGACACAAGGAAAAUCAGAGCAGAAAUUGCUGACAAGGAUGUAACUGCUCCUUUACUGAGUGCGCUAUGCAAUGAUCGCUCACUCUUGAUGAUGCAACAAGAACAAAGCAAUACAACUCAUGAAGACAAUUCAUUGGGAAGCAACGACUUGAGUCGAACAUCUAGUAGUCGCGGCUCUGGCUCCGUCCAUGAGAAGAGCUAUCAUGAAGAUUUGAACACAUCCUUGACUACUCUUGUAAGUCAUAGCUCAAUAGACUCAGACAUGCAUAGCUCUGUUGUGGAGAGACUCAAUGCAAAGUCCUGCUCCAUGAUCAACACAAUGAGCUCCUUGGGAUACUCGCAAGGAAACCUCUCCAAACAUCAAACGUUAUCAACCUUGAACAAUCUAGCAGAUAUGGACAUCACGCUCAUGGACAGUACACCUUUUGAUGUCAGGUUAAGCUUUGACUCGGCCAGUGAAGGCAGGGUCAAAUGUCAAACACUGCCGUCCAAGAUGAAUGCCAGUGAGCAAAUGCUGCUUCUUGGUGCAAGUGUCAACUCAGUUCAACGUGAUGAAUCUGUCUCAUACUCUGCCCCUAAUCUUUCACCUGGUGCUAAAGUUCCUAUUGCCAGUCAUUAAGGAAGGUCAUUGAACUUUCAGUGAGGACAAGCCUACAUGACAUUUACCGAGAACCUUCUUUAAUUGAUAGGUCAGAGACCUUUUAUUAAUAGGUUUGUAAGAUGUUUCUACAAACUUGCUGCAUCUACAAUAGGAUAUCCUAAAUUGAGGCUGUCUUUAUAUAAACAAUGCAAACACAUUUUGGGUAUUAUGAUAUUUGCGCAUGUUGUAACUCAGCUACUCGUAUGAUUUAUGUUUUAUUUGUUUCAUUUUUGUCAUUUUAAGUAAUAUCAAUCACUUAAAACUCAUUUUUGUUGAUUAAUAGAUACAAAAGAAUUAAGAUUUAAGAUUUAACCAACUCAAAGUAGUCUUAGAAGUGUCCUGUAGAUAAUUUGUAAAUUACUUUUAAAGAAAACAUUGAACUAACAGGCAAUAUUUGUUACUCUUCCUAGUACACAAAUUUGAAACACUUGUUUGACUAUGUGGUAUGAUAUCUUGUAUUGUCAUUUGUGAUUUUGUGUUGUCUGUUUAUGUCAUUCAGUUUAUGUGUUUUUACUAAAUCUUAGAUUCCAAUUUAUUUUCCAAUUUGAUCUUUUUCACUGAAUGUAUUGUUAAACAAUUCUUAAAAUUUUGUAUUCAGUAUUUUUUUUUGCGUAUACAUCUGUAAAUGAAUUUAAGACUACAUAUCUCAUCAAUGUGGGCAUUUAUACUUCUUGUACAUCCAUUUGGAACAAUUUAUUUAUCUGGCCAAGCUAUCCCUACAUUCUAUUCUGAAAAUGGAUUUUAGGCAAAAAUUUAAAUAAAACCACUGAACAUUGUCAAAUUCACACAAUAUGUAUGUGAUGCAAUCAGAAGACAAUGUAGUUGACAAUAUUAAGUAAGAUUGCUAAAGAGACUUCUUAUAAAAGAAGAACUUCUUAUAAACUAUUUCUGAAUAACAGGGGCCACAGAACCGAAUGUGAAACGUGAAAAUUGCCAUCAAUUUGUGAUUUCAUGCGUGUUCACCUCCCCCCCCCACACACACAAGUAUGGUUCAGCCCCCACUUUCAAAACUAUUCCGCAGCUCCUGUAUUAACUGUAUUAUCCAUUCAAUAAGAUCACCAUAUUUUAUAUAGAUUCUUCUAUUUUUGCGUACUUGCCUUGCUAAUUUUCCCCUCCAUUAAAAAAAAAUCAAAUGUCAAUCCAAGUGUACAAACAAGUUUUUGUUUUCAGUUAACCUGAUAUUAUCUUUUAGUGAUUUAUUUUUACCAUGCAAUAAAAUAAUUGUUCUUCUAUGGUUCAUAACAAUGUGUCAUCUACUGAUUUAAAGAUAUCUGAGAAAUUGCAAGUGAAUUUGGACUGAAUUGAAUCAAAUAUAGUUUUUCUCCUCUCUAAAUAUUCUUGAUAUAUAUCCAUUUUACUUCAAUUUUAUGAGGCUGUAUUAAAUUGAUUAUAGAGUAUACCAUACUUAUUUUGAUCAUUUUGAUUUUCCUUAAUUGAAAAUAUAAUUGUCAUACAGGAUAUAAAAGAAAGUGAUCCAUAUGAAAGUAAUACAUACUCCUAUAUUGUUUCAUAUUGCAGUUUCAUGUGUUGUUCAGAAAUAAAGAGGUACCAGUAUCAUUAGAAGAAGUAGUACAUUUUCUUGGAAGUAUGAUUGCAUUUCAACAAUCAAGACAACCUUUAAAUUUAAUAUCAAGAAAACAAUCAUGUUUGAUAUAAAAUCUUAAUUGAUCACUUCAAUUCUCUUAUUCUCUUUCUUUCUUUUUUGUGGUUGCUUUUUAUCCAUUGUCAAUAAGUUUCAAAUGCAGAGUGUACAGGUUUUAUGUAUUAUCAGUAUUCGAUAAUGGUUUUAUGUAUGAAUUGAUCAGACUGUAUUUAGAAUGAAUAUUGAUGAAUGCAAAAAGAAAGAAGAUUUCCAAUGUUAUAGUCGGGUAGAAUCUUCUCUUUCAAGUACAAUCUUUGAAAGUUAUUUUUUUUCAAAUAAGUAAAUUAAUUAUACAAAUACAUAAUUGCAUUUGUAGUUUAUGCACAAGUUAUAUAAGACAAAAAAUAUAGAAUGGCCGAUAGUAUUGAAAAUUAUGAAUGCUUUAACAGUACAAUGAUUUGUAGGGGGCCUUCCAAGUUCUAAGUCCAAAGAUUGUGAGAUGACUUUCAAUAUUUGCUACAUCAUGCAAAAAUGGUUAGACAUCUCAUGAUACUGAAAAUCAGGAAUUUAUUAUAUCAGUAUUCUCCAAUAAAUUUUAAGAUAGAAAGUCUGAUAUUUGCAUACCAUGAUUCUAAAAAAAAGAAAUAUAAAAUAUCAUCACUCAUGAAGGAGGGAAUUUCAAAAUUAAGAAUGAACUUGGAUAGGCCACAGUGAUUAUUAUAGUGAUAAUGAUGAUCCACGGCAUUUGUAUCGCACCAUAUUUCUGUUAAAAAACAAUCGUAGUGAGCACAGAUGUCCUGCAAAAAUUAGAAAAAGUCACCCUCAAUUCACUCCUAAAAAAUCCACCAUUUUACUCACUAUUACAGUUGAUCGUUGUAUAUGAGGCUGUGUGCAAUUUGAUUUUAAGUUAAUAUUCCUCUUACAAAUCAGCAUACCUUAAAGCCUUCUCAUCUGAACAUGUCAGUCGAGGCCUUCCUCUGGAAAGCCAGUAAAAAAUAAACUUUUGGUAGGUGUCGGCAAAAUUAUGACAGUGGUUAGGAUUCUACCACUAUCUGUGAAUUAAUGUACAAGGCCUUUGAUAUCUUUAUUUCCACGUGAGUUCUUAGGCAUGCACUGUAAUGAGCCUUGAACUGAUAACAAAUUCAUAAAAUCAAGAAACGUUACAAUUUGAAUUAUGUUUUUCCUAUAAGGGUGCUAAUUUUGAUAAAAGAGCUUAGUGUCUUAUAUGCCUUUAUGUAGGUAAUCAUGUUACUCAAAUUGGUAGUUCAACUUUUAAUCUGAACCUGACAAAUCAAAGUCUUGAACAAAUAAUAAAUGUAUGUUUUACAUUUUGAAUGAGAGUUGUGCUGCAUCAUUAUGCCUGUUCAUCCAUAGAAUGAAUACAAACAUUUGUGAAUAUUUUAAAUAAAAGGGGCUCUAUCUUUUAAUAUAUAUCAAUGAUAUAAAGAGUGCAUAGUGAUCAUAAGGCCAUGUUAAUAUGUGAUGUGAGAAGGCUUAGUGACAAAGUUUGAUAGCAUUGAUGUAUAAAAGUUAUGGGUAAAUUAUGUAUGAAGUGAAAUAUUGCAGAGGCAUUUUAGGGGACUGCAAAGUACAGACCUGCCAACCAGUACGUUUUAGCCGUAUUUAGUACGUUUUUGCAACCAAAAUACGGCAUUACGUUUUUUCUUUGAAAAAUAUGGGUUUUUUUUUUGUUUUUUUUUACUAAAUCGUAAUUUUUUGAGAAAAAUAAUCUCUAUAUGUCUCUAUUUCAUAAAAUGUACACAAAUAUGGCUAUUAGAUCAAUGUAAUUUCAGGUAACUUGUUUUUUUUUCAAUCAUUUUGUUAAAACCAAGGUGAAGAUAUACACAUGUUAUAAUGUUUUUUUUUCAUCUGCAAGAGCAGUGCGCAUUUUAGCUUGCAUGCAGCUUGAGCGCCGCGAUGAGUGAGUGCACCAAGCAUUUUAUUAUGAAAUACACUUUUUUAUCGCAGAAUACAGUUUUUCAUUCCCAGAGGUUGGCAGGUCUGCAUAAUUAUCUCACACGGUAAAAAUACAAAUUUUUUGGUCAAAAUACUGAUUUUGGGGGAUAAGAAUACUGAAAAUGCAAUAUACAACUUGGCAGCUCUGAAAAUAGAAGUUUGUACAAUUGAAGUGAUAAGUUCUGAUAUCAUACUCAUGACAUAGUAUGGCAUUGUGAAGUCAUGACUUUGUUCUUGCAACUGUGUAUAAAACUCUUUCGAUCUAGUGUUGACACGUACAGUGCAUGACCAGUGACUCUGCCUCAUGUUUGAACACUAUAAUAAAAAAAAUCACUAUGCUGGGUUUUGAUGCACUUAUAUGAACCAUUUGAAAUUAAUUUAUCCCCUUAGUACUUUCUCAUUCAGGGGUCAUGAAAAUAAUGCUGCAGUGGUUUCUACAAUGUGAUCAUUGCAGAAAACAAAGAUAUAUCAUGCAUGGUAGUUCUUAGAAUUAUUUCUUUGUAAUUUAUGUGAAAAUGGGUAUUUAUUUUGAUACAUCACGCCCAAGUAACUCUAUUUCUAGUGUUCCAUAAAAGUACCUUUAGACCAUUUCAGCAUUUAUGUGGGAUGAAAAUUAUUUGAGUUUUUUUUAUUAUGAGGCUGUUCAGUUCAUUCUCAGGUAUCUAUUGAACUCAGAUUGAAAUCAGAUGAAUAUGUUUCUUUUCCCCUCUCUCUUUAUAACAUUAAACUAUGCAAAGGCAUUCAGUUGAAAAACAAUGAAAAUAUUUAUUAUAUAUACACACGCACACCAUGAGAGAGGGAGCUUUGACAGGAGUUAAGAAAAAUAGUUAUUCUAUUCUUUUGCAAGGUAGUUGUAUGUUAAGUCAGACAAACUUUAAAUCAAUUCUAGGUAGUCGAUAAGAUAAUAUUCUACUAUGAAUCUUGUAAGGGCAGUACAAGUGGACUGGUGGUGUAAACUAUCCUUGGAAAGGGGUAUGCAUUGCUGACUAUUGGGGAAGGGUAUUAUUACCAUAUUUGAAUUGAUACUUUUUGUAGGGGGGGGGGGUAGGAAUGUAAGAGUCUUGGGUUGUUAACUUUUUUUAUGGGAUUGUUCCAUUUUAACCCCCCUUAUGAAGAUAUUUACAUUCUUAUUAGUGGUAAUAGUAAAUGUAAAAAAAUAAUGAAAUUACAGAUAAAAAAUAUUAACUAUCAAAUUAAAAAGCGAUACUGAUACUCUUAAAUUUCUGUGUUCAUUGUGUCUCCUAAAAAUCUAUUUUUCAUGAAGAUUGUUACCAUAUUAACAGUCUGGUGUUUCGCAGCAAAUCAAAGCCAUGAAUUUCACUGAAAUGGUAAAAAUUGACCAUUUAGUUGGGACUGGCUGAAAGCUUUCAUGAAAUGGUGCCCAGAAAUUUGCUUGUUUCUUGAAGGAUGUCUAGCAUAAUUUAAACAAACACAAAAAUAUUUAAACACAGUCAUGGUAAUGGUUUUAUUCAUCCAUCAUGGUUGAUUACCUGAUUAAUAAUUUGCAUUGAAUCAAAAUGUGCCUGAACUUUAUAAGUUGACACAAUGUAGUUAUCACCUUGACUAGUUAUACUGAUAAGUAUAUGUUGUCACAGAUAUGAAAUCAAAAUGAGUUAAAUUGUGAUUUUAUUUUUACUUUUUUUAACCUCUGUUUUCUUGUUUGUAUAUUUUGUAUUCUGGUUAAUUCAGAUUAUUUCAAAAAUGUAAAUUUAAUUACAAUAAACUUCUUGAUCACUUUGUAUUCUGAUUUUGUAUUCAAAACAUGAUAUUAUAGAAUUCUGUUUGAUCUCAAGCAAAAAGAAUAUUCAUGGAUUUUUCUGUCUUGAUAUUAUUUUAACAUUAGUAGUACUUAUUUACUCUAAUGCCCCAAAUUGUUGUGAUUAUUAUUUUCCUUUUCAGAUUAUCAAAGAGUUGCAGCUGUGCUGCUCCAUCAUUAAAUGAUAUACUAUGAUGUAUUUUCAGUCCUGUGUAUAUGCAAUAUUGGUAAUAUGACUAAUUUUAGAUAUAGAAGUAAAUAUGAUAUGUUUUAUGCCUGUAUCAAAGUUUAAAGAAAUGAGAAUGAAUUAUGAUACAAAUUUGAUGCAGAAGGUUCCAGAAAGUAUUAUUAUGGCAACAGUACUCUGAUUGUCAUUCAUAGAUUAAAGGAAAGUACAUACAGGGUGUCAUGUCAAAUGUAUUGAAGAAGGGUUAUUUUUCAUAUAAAAACUAGUUAUAAGUAAGUUGCAUUAUAGUAUUUUACAUAAUAUGUUAAUGUCUAUUGAUAUCUAGUAUGAAAAAAUGUCUAGGUUAGCACAUCUUACCACAACUAAGCAAUAUCUCAUUUGAUUUAAUUUAAAUGAGAUUUUUAUUAAAGUUUAGAAUUGCAUUCAAUUCUCUGUACAAAUGGAUGUUAUCUCAGGAUGUUAUGUUUUAGUGAGUUUAAAGAAGUAGGCAAAAAAUGCUUGUAUUUCAGGAUGCUAAAAGCUUUUUAUACCAAAGGUACACUGUAUUUUUUUUUCUGUCCUUACAUGUCAAGUGUUAUAUUUGUAUUUGUAAACAACCAAGUAUGUUCCUACAAAAUAGGUAACACAAAAAAAAAAAAAAAAUGAUGGGGGAGGGGGUGUCAUGUACCUGAAAGACCAAUAUGAGUAUUUUUAUGGAUUUAGGUGGGCAAUCGUACAUUUUCUACAAUUUUUCUUUUGUUCUGAGUAUAUGUUUUUUAAUGUAUUUAUGUUCAUGUAUUUGUUUCUGUUUUGAUUUUGACUGAUUAUCAUGUAUUAUUGUAUUCUUAUAUACUAAAAAAAAUCUGAUCCCAUUGUGAAACCUAUUAUAAUAAUAAUGAUAAUAAUAUUGUAUUGCUUCUUAAGCAUUGUAUGUAUGUUUAAGAGAAUUAACUUGAAUACCGAAAUAAAAUGUGAAUGCAUAUAUGAAAACGAA